GUCGUUUCUGUCAUCGGCGACGCGAGCGACUUCCUGAACUCGCUGGCCUCCCGCAUAUAGGGUUUGCGCCACGGCGGAGGGGGCGAGGGGGGAAUGGCGCCGCGGCGGGGGAAGGUGGAGCUGAGACGUAUCGAGGACCGGACGAGCCGCCAGGUGCGCUUCUCCAAGCGGCGGAGCGGGCUCUUCAAGAAGGCUUACGAGCUCGCCGUGCUGUGCGACGCCGAGGUCGGCCUCCUCGUCUUCUCUCCUGCGGGGAAGCUCUACGAGUUCUCCAGCGUCUCCAGCAUAGAGAAAACAGUAGAACGUUACCGGAAAUUUUCGAAUGCAGCAGGAGAUGUGAACAAGUCUGAUGACAAUAUGCAGAAACAUGAAGAAUUUGGUCAUCCAGCGGCUGAUAUGAAAUUACAGGAAAUCGGUAAAAGACUUCGCAAAACAAUUUUCUCACAAUUAAAUGCUGAUAACCUUUGUAAAUUGGAGAAAGAUUUGUCUGACGCACUACAAUGGACAAGAUCAAGAAAGACACAACUAACGACGGGUUCACUAAACCAGCUUCAGGAGGAGGCGGCAGGAGGAAGGGACAAAACCGGAGAGACCGAGGCGGAGGAACGGAAUGACGGUGAUGAUGACGACGAUGAAGGCGGCGGUGGCAGGGCGGCGCCCAGAUGUUCGUCUCGGGGAAAGGCUCCCGCCUCCAUUGGGCGGUGCAGCCGGGCGUAGACACGCAGAAGGCUGGGAUUGCUGGGUGCACGCCUGGCAUGACUGCAGUGGCCUGACUGCCCUAACCCUUCACCUCCCGUUACGUGGCGUAAACGUGCGAUGCCUCUUACGGCGGCCAUAACAUUUUUUUACUUCCAUGUUGUUUAUUUGCUGCACCGGUGUGUAGAACGAGGACCUGCUCCGGCACGUCGCCUCUUCCCCUCCUUCACUUGUCGGAACCCCACAUCUGCUGUCCUUCUGAAACAGUUCAUCUCUUCGUCAUGUGACUGCAUAUAAACCUAAUAUGAAUGGUUCGACGAUGAAUCCA